UCCGCGUUUUAUAGGAAGUAAAGAAAUGUGUACAGGGAAGAGAAGACUUUACUGAAUGAACUGACGAGAAACCUUCAUCAGUCAUUUUUCCUGCUUCUGUAUCCGACCGCAUUUCUCAGGAGUCUCCACCGGAAACGACCGUUUACGCUUUCAGAGGGAAAUUCAGUUUUAUCUGUCAGGCUCAAAGAAUGGCAGAGAAGGUGCUGGUCACAGGUGGAGGGGGCUACAUUGGGAGUCACUGUGUGGUGGAGCUCAUUGAAUCAGGCUACCAGCCAGUCGUGGUAGAUAACUUCAGUAACGCUGUGCGAGGAGAGGGAGAUUUGCCAGAGAGCAUACGCAGAAUAGAAAAGUUUCUAAACACCAGAAUUGAGUUUCAUGACCUGGACCUCCUGGACCGGCCCGGACUGGAGAAACUGUUCAAAAAGCAUUCCUUCAGUGCUGUGAUACACUUUGCGGGUCUGAAGGCUGUGGGCGAGUCGGUGGAGCAGCCGUUACGCUACUACAAAGUGAACCUCACCGGCUUCAUCAACCUGCUUGAGGUGAUGCAGGCUCACAGAGUGCGCAAUCUGGUCUUCAGCAGCUCGGCCACAGUAUAUGGAGACCCCCAACACCUCCCCAUAGAUGAGCAGCACCCCGUGGGGGGCUGCACUAACCCAUACGGCAAGACCAAGUACUUCAUCGAGGAGAUGAUCAAGGACCACUGUAAAGCUGAGAAGGACUGGAAUGCAAUGCUGCUGCGUUACUUCAACCCAAUCGGCGCUCAUUCCUCCGGUCAGAUAGGAGAGGAUCCUCAGGGUAUCCCUAACAACCUGCUGCCGUAUGUUGCUCAGGUCGCUGUUGGGAGAAGACCGUGUCUCAGCAUAUAUGGAAAUGACUAUGACACGAUCGAUGGCACAGGUGUGAGGGAUUAUAUUCAUGUUGUGGAUCUGGCAAAGGGACACAUAGCUGCUCUGAAGAAGCUGAAGGAGAACUGUGGGUGCAAGGCUUACAACCUCGGGACAGGAAAAGGCUACUCUGUGCUGGAGAUGGUGAAAGCCAUGGAGAAAGCUUCAGGAAAAGAGAUCACGUAUAAGAUUGCCCCUCGCAGAGGAGGAGACGUAGCAUCCUGCUACGCUGACCCUCGUCUAGCUGAGAAGGAGCUGGGCUGGAAGGCUGAAUUUGACCUGGAAAGAAUGUGUAAGGUGAGGACCUCUGGCGCUGGCAGACCAUGAACCCCACCGGAUUUUCCAACGGAGUUUCCUGAUGCAACCCGAGCCGACUGCUGCUUUAAAAUCACCAAAGCCAACCAUCAGCUUCCUCAUUUUUGCAGUGACCUCAAGAGAAGCUGCAUUUUUUUAUGUUUUACUGAGUCUAAUUUUCUAUUUGUUCAAAUAAUGAUUCAGGUGAUUUUAAGAAUUGUCUAAAUGUCUGUUUACUCUUUGCUCAGAUAAUAACAUUUUCUCUAUAAAUGUAUGGCUAUGUGAGCCCCAACAAUGAAAUAAUAAAUUAAUUUUCUU